AUGGGGGUUCCGAUGCUCCGACCGACACCUGGCAGCCCUGGAAUACCAAGCAUCCUUGCGUUGAAUCCAGCCUGGCUCGACAUCUUCCGUUUCUGCAGCAUCCGAGACCUAGGUGCCAGCUUGGCGGUCGACCGGAAUUGGAGGGCCGCCGGCGACUCCCACCACGUGUGGGCCGAUGCCUACGAUCGAACUCAAAGAGUGGAUGACUCCAGUGCUCCGAGCGGUGAGAAUCUGCUCCGGUCGCUCAUCGAACGACCCUUCGGGGAGGAUGCGGUGGGAUGGCAUGUAGCGGUCCUGGCCGAAGACCACGGCUAUAGCAGCGAGCGCUACUACACAGGACGAGUCGUUGCCUACAGUGCCGAAACCGACACCUACCUGAUAGCCUACGACUCGGAAGGUCAAGAAGACCAGCCGCACAUGCACUGGGAGCAGGAGAGGCGGAAACGAACAGCAGCCAUGCGCAGUGCACUGAGAUCUACUUUCGAGAAGGGCCCUCGCCUGGCUGCAGACAGGCAGGCCAUGCUGUUUGCUGCAGCACGGGCAGCGUGGUAUCAGAUUUCUACUUUUCGCUUGCUUCGCUCCAUCGCGACCGGGACACACGUUUGUUGCAGCUCCCGGCUAAUGCUGAGCACAAUGGGCAGCGCCAUCUUAAGCGUGUUGUUGCUGAAUGGUGUCGUGAGCGAAAUCAACCUGACCAACAUCACGUCUUUCUCCAUCGAGGCAGCUUUCAGUGCAGCGCCUCAAGCGGAAGAGCUCCAAACGGCCACCGUUCCGCAGAUGCCGGAGCUCGGUAUGGCCAGUGGACCAAAGGCUAGGGAGCAGAGCAGUGCUCCAGCUUUCAUGGCCAAGGCCCAGAUCGCCCGAGGAGGUGACCAACCAUGUCCUCAUCUCAUGGAUGUGACCUCGGCAGAACUGUGCCAGAAAGCUGCACACUUCUUCGGCAAGCGCUUUGUCGGAGCACUGGAGGCUUUGCAAGAACCCACUGGCUGUUUGCACCGAGUCGCUGAUGAUGACUACAUGUUUAAUGUGAUUUCAACUUCAGUCCACAAGGAGGACAGACAGCGAGUCUGCACAGGUGGACCUGAUAUGGGCUCUUUGGAUCAACAUGUUUCACCAACGACACCGAGCCAAGUGGAAGAGGAAGUGGUUUUGCCGCCACCCGACAACAGUGACAACGACCCGCUGCCUGCUGAUGAAGAUUUCAAGAUCAGCAGCACUUCCUGUCCUGUGGGAACAUUUCCAUUCCGGGAUCCACAGCAUUGCAAAAAGGCAGCCAGACGUCUCAAGCGAAAGUUUGCCGGGUUCAUCUCGUCUUUGUCAGAACCUUAUGGAUGCAUCCACAGGGCAGCAGACCAAGAUAUCAUGUUCAACCGCUUCCGGACAAAGUUUUCGAAAGAUGGCCGUGAGGUUGUUUGCAGCUCCAAGAAGGAGCCGGACAACAAGCUGCGUGAGCCCCUUUCUCAGGAAAAGGCGCUGCAGUUAAAGCUCUACUGCUUUGGGUGGACCGCUCGACGUCCUCGUGAAGAGCUCCUGCUGCCUCUCGCUCGGCAACUUUUUCAAGCUUGCGACGGCUAUGCCUUCUUUACUGACACUGAUGCCCCUGGCGAGAACGCCUCUGACAUCAUCAAGAUCCCUUUGCCACGGACCCAGCAGCUUCGUUCCGAGCAGUUCUGGCUACUGCUAAAGAAUAUGGUGGGACUCCUCCCGGCUUGGGAAUAUUUGCUUCAGACAAACAGAACCGAUGACUUUGACUGGGUGGUGAACCUCGAGCUGGAUCACUUUGUGGUUGCCCCACAGCUCCGACGCACCAUAGCAGACUACGUGAACACUAUGAUACUUGGCAGCCUCCCUGGGCAAGAUCCCUGGGAUGAUGCCAUCAUGCUUAUCUUCGGAAACGUCUUCGCCUUCAACAUGAAGCUGGUGCAACAGAUGAAAGCUGAGUGGGGUGUUAUCGGCCGCGUGAUCUCCGACAGCAGAUCCAAGGGUCUCGGCUGCCCCGUCAUCUCGGGAUCACGAGCGCACAAUGAGGGGCACUGUGAGCAGGAUAUGGUCUAUGAGAAUCUGCGGGACUACCUCAGCCGACCACCGACCAUUCUGGGUGCCAAUGGAUGUGGAAAUGAUGCCAUGUCCGACAUCUUAGUCCCCUUCCCUUUGGGGUGCUGGCAAGACUUCCCCUUCGGAGAGGAGGAGCCCGAGAGGAUGAACGCGAUUCGCGAAGUUGCUUUGCUCUGGAACUUUUCGGACCUGCACUCAGCAGAAGCGCACUGCAAAUCGCGAGGUGAAGAUCUUGCCAGGCAUUGCAAAUCCUUGUUCCGGGCGAAGAGAGUGCCCAUAAUCCACAACAUGAAGACGCCGGCUCUGCUGAAGCUGGCCAUUGAUGUGCUGCUUCCACUCUCUUUGGGGAGCACCGAGCUAAGACCCCUUCAAAAGGCCACUGCACAGCGAUCUCGCGACCGUCAGCGCUACCGAGAUUCGCGGAGUCAUGCAGCAGUGUCAGACAGCGAGAACCGUUGCGAGGCAAGCGCCGCGUGCAUCUUCUGCAAAGUGUGCUUUGUGGUGUUUCAGGUACUUCAGGCACCCACCCAUAUGCUGACUCAACUCAAUGAGCACAGUGAUGAGGUCCUUUUUGUCGUGUUCUCCCCCUGUGGAACUCGGUUGGCAAGCUGCUCUCGGGACUUGCAGACGAUCGUCUUCAAAGUUCAGCCGGAGUGUGAGAGUUCCAGUGAGCAGGAGGACUUUUGUCUCGACCCUUCCGCGAGUGAGUCCUCCAGAUACCCUCGCUUUGAGCGGGAAGCUGUUUUCACUCACCAGACAGCACCCUGUCGAGCUAUGUGGUGGCCGAUCCCACCCUAUGACAUGGUGGCAGUCAGCACCGAGGAUGCAGGCGCCGGCUGGCAAGCCUCAAAGGUUGAGAUUUGGCAGAUUCAGGAAGAUGGUGGCUCCAUGGAGCACUCGGAAUCAGAGGGGCCUUUCAACAGCUCUUUCGAAGAGCUCCCGGUCGGCUACCAUGCGAGAUGCAUCUUUCAGUGCCACAACAGGCCUUUCGACAUCUACGCCGCCAUUUUUCCUUGGCCGCCCCUUGCUGUCGAGCCAAGCAUCGACAGCAGCCCCAAGGAUGAGUACGAGCGGUUGUGCUUCCUUGCCGGCUGGGCAGUCUUAAGGGAAAACGAGCACUACGUGCAAUGGUUGAAUGUCUGGCCUGGGCCGAGACAUCCCAGCUUUCAAGAUGCACAGGCACAGACAACGGGUGCUAGCGGCAGCACUCCGCGACCACUCGCCAGGCUUCGGCUUGAAGGCCAGAUGAACUAUCUUCACUGCCUGGAGGUGGGACCGCCAGACAAAGUGGGUCGUCAACAGAUUCUGGCCAUGACGGGCAGCACACCUCAUCUUUGCAACGAGAUAGGUUUGAUGGACCUGAGCCGUCUGCAGCGACGAGGUGAAGGCGUCGAAGGUCUUGCGCCAGACGGGGAGGCUGCCUCAGCUUUACCUGCGGUGUACGAUGUUAAAGUGAAGGUCUACUCCAUGGGGGAGCGCGUUGUGCUUAGUGCCAAAUGGAACGAAGCCGGCGAUUUUAUUCUCUUGAACACAAGGCCUUAUGCCCAUGCUGUAUCCGGAAGUCAAAAGACUGGAGGAGGACAAAGCGAGGCUUCGCAGGCCAGUCUACAAGCCGGUGCAUCCUUCGAGGAUCUUCUCCUACGGCCAGCUCCAGAUCUGUCCACCAAAAUGGAGCUCUUGCUGCUGGAUGCAAGAACGUUGGACGUCCUCUCCGUUUUCGAUGGUCAUUUCGCUUUCACCACGAAGGAAAGUCCGUUCCUCAUCUUCACAGAAGAGUGGUCGGACUCGGACUUUCUGGCGAGCGGCGGUGAGGAGCCCAAGAUUGAGUUGAGGAAGGGCUUCCUGUCCAAAUCGGAGACAUCCGCCCUUCGUCGCCUCGCAGAGAGCGAGAUGUACCAGGAUGUCGGUGAUGCAGAAAGUGGGAGUAAGUCCUCGGCGGAUACUGCUGGAGGCGAAGAGCUCUCUGUGCUCAAUAUCUCUGAUGACUCCGAGGAUGGAAAAGAAGAAUGGACAGUUCUGGAAGACGUUCUUCAGCAUGCCACGACUCUGGCAAAAUGGGAAGGGCUGCCCCCUCCCGUUUAUGUGACUCGCUGGGAGCCUUGGAGACCUGAAGGGGCCCUAAACCGAUCUGGGCCUCUGCACCUGGAUGCACGCCUGCAUCCGGAGAGGCGCCAGACGCUUCUGGCGUAUCUCACUGGGACGGGAGAUCUAAGGAAGGAUGGUGGAACUGUCUUCCCUUGCCUGGAGACUGACGACAUGGAUGCAAAGGAAGUUACUCGAAGGCAGAAGCUUUGCUCCCGAGCUGCGCGGCAUCUGGAGCACGCACAUGAGAAGUUGAUGACACUUCGCGCGAAGGGCCUGGAGUUACCUGAGUCCAAGCAGUACGAGUUCUUGGAGGAGCAUCCAGAACUUGCAGGCCUUCCAGCAGAAACUGCAGAAGGCAUCAGACCGAUCAACUGGUUGUGGCUACCGGGAUAUGAUGGUCUUGCUGCUGAGGCUCCAGGGAAGCUUCGUGCAGAGCCUCUGCAUCUCUUGGCAGAGGCAAUGUGCCGAGGAAAGGCCCCUGGUUUGAAAGUCUCAUCGAAGGACGGGGAUGUUUUGCUUAUGGAUGUGAUGGAGCCCAGCGAUUCAAAGAAGCGCAAGCUCCCGAAGGUGGAUUGGCGCUUGUGGCAUGCUGGGUGUAGUCCCAUGGAUGGCAACGGUUACAGGAUUACGGCACAGAUCUUUUUGCAUGAGGUGCACUCUCUGAGGGCAGAUGCUCAACAUGAGGAGUGCGAGGGGUCACGCAAUGCUCGUGCUUGCAAUGUAGCUAGUCAAUAG